CCUAAAGGCAUUAUGAAGAAGAAGGGCAAGCUCGAUCCCUUCGCGUACAUACCACUAAGUCGAAAUACGCUAAACAAAAGAAAACGAGCAAAACAUGCAGACGCAUUUAAGAAUAUCGUAAAUGGAGCACGGAAAGGUGCGCUGAGAGGCGUUAAACAAAGAGUCGCUAAGCCUAACAAACAAUAAGCUAAUAAAACUAAUGCAACAAACUCAAACUAUGUAUGUAUGUGUACAUAAAAGAUUAUAUAUGAAGUAAGCUAUAGUUACGACUGAGAGUUAUAAAUCAAAAGAUUGCAUAAAAUAAAGCUAAAAAUCACUAUUUAAACAAUUUAAACUUUAAAAGCAGAUAAAUAUUUUCUUCCUUCUACGCUAAAUGAUUUUAUUUUUUAGUUAGCUCAUAUAAUUUAUGUAAGUUAAAAAUACUUUAGUCAGUUCACCUGAGUUUAAAAGCUUACAUUCUGAGGCUUUGGGUUUUAGCACCCAAUCAACAAAAUUUUUCAUACGU